GCUUUAACUUCCUUCACGUUCGAGCCAUACUUCCUUUAUCGACAUUGUCUAUAACCAGUUUGGGUGUUCUACAGAAGCGAGGGCAAUCUUUACAGACAAGAAGAUCGGCAAAAAUGACUGCACUAAGGAUUUUACUAAUUUCACUUCUGUUAACCAUUGUUUGCUGGCAAGUUAGUUCAGUUGGUGUUGCUGAAAAAGCAUCCACCACUGCAAAAGCAACUACCAAUUCAACUACAAAAGCAACCACCAUUUCAACUACAAAACCAACCACCACUGCAAAACCAACCACCACUGCAAAACCAACCACUACUGCAAAACCAACCACCACUGCAAAACCAACCACCAAUUCAACUACAAAACCAACCACCAAUUCAACUACAAAACCAACAACCAAUUCAACUACAAAACCAACCACCAAUUCAACUACAAAACCAACCACCACUGCAAAACCAACAACCAAUUCAACUACAAAACCAACCACCAAUUCAACUACAAAACCAACAACCAAUUCAACUACAAAACCAACCACCAAUUCAACUACAAAACCAACCACCACUGCAAAACCAACAACCAAUUCAACUACAAAACCAACCACCAAUUCAACUACAAAACCAACAACCAAUUCAACUACAAAACCAACCACCAAUUCAACUACAAAACCAACCACCACUGCAAAACCAACAACCAAUUCAACUACAAAACCAACCACCAAUUCAACUACAAAACCAACCACCAAUUCAACUACCAUGCCACCAACUACAUCUCCAAAGCCAACUACACCAUACCAACAUUAUUUCAAGCUUACUUUGCACAAGGAUAAUGUUAGUUGUGCAAUGAUUGAAGGAUCCAUAAAAUUCGUGGUUCAGUACAAAACUACAAAGGACAAAAAGAUGAACUCUGCAAGCUUUUACUUGCCAGGAGGUGCACAAAUGAAUGGCUCUUGUGAAAAUACAACCCUAAAAAAUGAUUCAAAAGCAAUGAUUUCUCUAAGUUUUGAUCAAACUAAAUUUGAGUGGACAUUUGACGUGAAGAAGGAUUAUUCUUGGUCAACAUUGAAUAUGACAUUUUUUGGCAGUGUCAACAGUUCUCUUUUUGACAACCCUGCAGAAAAUGUGUUUGCAGCCAUUGGAAAGGAAUCAAAUGUUAAGGCAUUCACUGCCUCAAAGAAUCAUUCGUAUGAGUGUGGAACUACUGAAAGUGUUGUUCUUGAUGGCAACGUAACAAUUGUCUUUGAGAAAAUACAUAUUCAACCGUUCCCAGUUUCGAAAGAGAAAUUCAACAAAGCGGACGAAUGCACUUCUCCAAUGAAUUCGAACAAGCAAGACAGCCUCGUUCCUAUUAUUGUUGGGUGCUCCUUGGCUGGCCUCAUUGUGAUUGUCUUGAUUGCCUAUCUUCUCGGUCGUCGAAAAGCGCCUAGAGGUUACGAUAACAUCUAAAUAGCUUGGGAUCGUUCAAUGCACUUGCUACGGAGUCGGUCAUUAUAUGUCUUUCAUUUUUCUUUAUCAAGGCAUUUCUGAAUUUCAGAUACUGACAUGUUUACAAGAAUUCACUCUGUUCUCCUGUUUUCUAUCUAGGCUUUUUCUCUAUUGACAUGCCGAAUUUUCUAUCCAGUAAAAAUUAGGCCCCAGAUGCUCGAAUUUCGAAGUUCGCGAGUGAAAAUGAAUGACGAUGAAAGGAAAGCAUGCAGCUACCUUUCACACCUCAUUGCUCUUACUGAUUUCUAUUGGUUGCUGUCGGAUGUAGAAUAACCUUAAAUUAGAAAUGUUCAUCCUUUUUAAACCCAAAAACCACCAUUUCAAACAGAAACAUGAUCGGUAAGAAUUUCAAUUCAAGGUCGAGAAAGUCCAGAAUCCAAGCAAACAGUUUAGGUGACAUUGCCGACCGGCUCUGUUUCAUAUGCAACUUCGUCAACGUAAUUUAUUCGAAAAAAAAUUUUGUUGCUUCUUUGAUCUUUAUAUUAGUUGAAAGUAACCUGCCUAGCCAACUUUCUUUUGCGGCAACUGUCGCUCUCCAGAUUCAAUCACUGCAACCUUAGCGAAAUUUAGAAAAGCCAAAGCUAAAAUUAAGAUCUGUUGUGACACGUUGAAACAGUCAAAAGUUCAAGGGGGAUAUGUGUUCCGAUCGUAUCCGAAACGUCCUCACUCUUCAUAUAAAAGAUAUCGAAAGAAAAAGGCGAUGGCAUAAAAGUGGUUUAGUGUCGAAAUUCUCUUAAAACGACUUAAAAAUUCCUCGGUUUUGUCAAGCGUUGAGUUAUGCUUCCCGUCAUCCCAUCUUAUCGAAGUUACAGAAAAUGAUUGUUACUGUAAAUUGCUAGAAAUAUGGUACAAAACAUUGCCCAUAGUUAUUUCGUCUAUGGAACCCCUUUCUGCCUUUUGAUGCCAUGCUAUUGUAUUUUAAUGCAUUUUAUCUGGUACGAAACACUUUUCACAGAACCUAACAGAUAGCAUUAUAGUAGAAUCAACUUGGACACUAGUCAACCUCAAAACCCUUCUUUGCGUUCUCAGUUCUUACUGUUCGUGACGUAGAUAGGUUCAUAUUUAGCUGUGAUUCGUUGGUAGCUGUGAUUGUUUCAUGUACGUAAUUUUCCAAUGAAUGUUUAUUUAUCUCUUAAUCAUGUGACAGUUGUUAAGGAUAUGUGAAUCAGCUAAAA